UCUUCCUUUAACCCUUCUGCGGAGGACAUAAUUCUGAUUGAGUAUUUCAAAUGACCACUAGAAGUUUUCCAUACUUUAAACAGAGUUGUUUUUCUUUUGUUAGAUUUGUUAGAUUUCACCGCGCAAGUUUCAGUAAAAAGGAAAUUAACAACAUGAGUGACGAGGUGGAAAAAGCACGAAAGUCAAAUCAAGACUCGGGGCCUUCAAUUUUUUCCAAGAUUCUCAGCAAAGAAAUACCUUCUACUGCUGUUUACGAGGACGACUUAUGCUAUGCUUUUAAAGAUGUUAUUCCUCAGGCUCCCGUCCACAUCCUGCUUAUACCGCGAAAGCCAAUACCUGGAAUUUCCCGGGCAGAAGAGAAGGACAAAGAUCUCUUGGGACACUUAUUGUUACGCGCUAAAAAAGUGGCUGAGAUAGCGGGCUUACAUGAAACUGGCUACAGAUUAGUUAUCAACGAUGGUAAGGAUGGUGCUCAGUCGGUGCACCAUCUCCACUUGCAUAUUCUCGGGGGGAGACAGUUGACUUGGCCGCCAGGAUAAAAGUCUACUAAGAGUGUCUGUUAACUGCUUAAACUAAUAAAG